AGAGAAAACAGAAAACUUUUCUUUCCUAACAAGAAAGGGAGUAGCUUGGCUAUCUCCUUAUAAAUAUCCCAACCCCGCAUUUCAGAUCCCCAUACCAUUCUCUAUUUUUGUUCGUCUUCUUCGACCUCUUUGCUCUGCACCCAACUCUCUCUUCGUCUUCUUCAAAUCGGCUCUGCUUACCAAUAUGUCAAACCAAGCUGAAUCAUCCGACUCUAAGGGAACGAAGAGGGACUUCAACACGGCGAUUCUCGAGCGGAAGAAAGCGCCCAAUCGCCUAGUUGUGGAUGAGGCUGUCAACGAUGACAACUCCGUCGUCGCGCUCCAUCCGGAUACCAUGGAGAAGCUUCAGCUCUUUCGCGGCGAUACGAUCUUGAUUAAGGGCAAGAAAAGGAGAGACACAGUCUGUAUUGCCCUUGCUGAUGAUACCUGUGAUGAACCAAAGAUCAGGAUGAACAAGGUCGUAAGGAACAACUUAAGGGUUAGGCUUGGAGAUGUUGUCUCCGUGCACCAGUGUGCUGAUGUUAAAUAUGGAAAGCGUGUUCACAUUCUUCCUGUGGAUGACACAAUUGAAGGGCUCACUGGCAAUCUUUUUGAUGCAUACUUGAAACCUUAUUUCCUGGAGGCAUACCGCCCAGUGAGAAAAGGUGAUCUCUUCCUUGUGAGAGGAGGAAUGAGGAGCGUAGAGUUCAAGGUUAUUGAGACUGAUCCUGCUGAGUACUGUGUUGUUGCCCCUGACACUGAAAUCUUCUGUGAAGGGGAGCCUGUGAGAAGGGAAGAUGAGGAUAGACUGGAUGAGGUUGGUUAUGAUGAUGUUGGUGGUGUGAGAAAACAGAUGGCUCAGAUUCGUGAAUUGGUGGAGCUGCCACUUAGGCAUCCACAGCUAUUUAAAUCAAUUGGAGUGAAGCCUCCAAAAGGAAUUCUGCUGUAUGGGCCUCCUGGAUCUGGUAAGACUCUGAUUGCUCGAGCUGUUGCCAAUGAAACUGGGGCAUUCUUUUUCUGCAUCAAUGGACCAGAAAUCAUGUCUAAAUUGGCUGGAGAGAGUGAAAGUAAUUUGAGGAAAGCUUUUGAGGAAGCAGAGAAGAAUGCUCCAUCCAUCAUAUUUAUUGAUGAGAUUGAUUCAAUUGCUCCAAAACGAGAGAAGACACAUGGAGAAGUUGAGAGGAGGAUUGUCUCCCAGCUAUUGACACUCAUGGAUGGACUAAAGACUCGUGCCCAUGUAAUUGUUAUUGGUGCUACUAAUCGUCCUAACAGUAUUGACCCAGCUUUGAGAAGAUUUGGAAGAUUUGAUAGGGAAAUAGAUAUCGGAGUUCCUGAUGAAAUUGGGCGUCUCGAAGUUCUCCGUAUUCAUACAAAGAAGAUGAAGCUCUCCGAGGAUGUUGAUUUAGAAAGAAUUGCCAAGGAUACCCAUGGUUAUGUUGGUGCUGAUCUAGCUGCUUUGUGUACUGAGGCUGCACUUCAGUGCAUCAGAGAGAAGAUGGAUGUUAUAGACUUGGAAGAUGAUUCAAUAGAUGCAGAGAUACUCAACUCAAUGGCAGUUACAAAUGAGCACUUCCAAACUGCUCUUGGGACAAGCAAUCCAUCAGCCCUCCGUGAAACGGUUGUUGAAGUGCCCAAUGUUAGUUGGGAGGACAUUGGAGGUCUUGAAAAUGUCAAGAGAGAGCUCCAAGAGACUGUUCAAUAUCCAGUGGAACAUCCCGAGAAAUUUGAAAAAUUCGGUAUGUCACCUUCCAAAGGUGUUCUUUUCUAUGGUCCUCCGGGAUGUGGAAAGACUCUUCUGGCUAAAGCUAUAGCCAACGAAUGUCAGGCCAACUUCAUCAGUGUCAAGGGUCCUGAAUUGCUGACAAUGUGGUUUGGAGAGAGUGAGGCCAAUGUACGAGAAAUUUUUGACAAGGCUCGCCAAUCUGCUCCAUGUGUGCUGUUCUUUGAUGAACUUGAUUCCAUUGCUACUCAGAGAGGUAGUAGCGUUGGGGAUGCUGGUGGUGCUGCUGAUAGAGUUUUGAAUCAACUUCUCACAGAAAUGGAUGGCAUGUCUGCAAAGAAAACAGUAUUUAUCAUCGGUGCAACCAACAGGCCAGACAUUAUAGACCCUGCUCUUCUGCGUCCAGGCCGUCUUGAUCAGUUGAUUUACAUCCCUCUACCAGACGAGGAUUCUCGUCACCAGAUAUUCAAGGCCAGCCUGAGGAAAUCUCCAGUCUCCAAAGAUGUUGACCUUAGAGCCCUUGCCAAGUACACUCAAGGAUUCAGUGGUGCAGAUAUCACAGAAAUAUGCCAGCGGGCUUGCAAAUAUGCCAUCAGAGAGAACAUUGAGAAAGAUAUUGAGAGGGAGAGGAGGAGAAGGGAUAAUCCGGAGGCUAUGGAGGAGGAUGUUGAGGAUGAAGUAGCAGAGAUCAAGGCAGCUCAUUUUGAAGAAUCAAUGAAGUAUGCUCGUAGGAGCGUGAGCGAUGCUGAUAUCCGCAAAUACCAGGCAUUCGCACAGACAUUGCAGCAGUCAAGAGGGUUUGGAACAGAAUUCAGGUUUGCAGAGACUGCUUCUGGGGCUGCUGGCUCUGACCCCUUUGCAACUUCUGCUGGUGCUGCCGAUGAAGAUGAUCUCUAUAGUUAGAUCUUUAGAUCUUAGUCUUCUGUUUGUGUUCUACUUACGUUUGUUUUCUGUUGAAAUAAACAUUCUUCUAUUUGUGCCCUAUUUAUGUUUGCAUACUGUUGAAUAUUUCCUUUGAGAUCUUUGCCAGGACAUCACGAAAAGGCUCUAGAAAAUUCUUAUCUUAAAUAUAGUAUUUUUAUUUCUUCAACAA